UUCCUUGCGUUUUAAUUUUUUUUUUCAGGGGAGAAGGGAAGAGAUGUGAUACUACAGACUGAUAACGUAUCAAGGGAAAAUUUCCUGAAAUUAAUUAGUAACAUUAAUUGUAACUUUGAGUCUCCUGUUCUAAAGAAACAAUAAUUAUCUUUAAUAUGUCAGCCAUUAUCACGAUUGUCAUGCAACUUCUUGGAAGACCAGAGCUGUGCGCAGUAUUAAAAAAUUCUGUAGGAUGAAAGUUCGAAAACCAGAGUCCCAUCCACUACGAAUUCAUCGCUUCUACACAGCAUCCCAUGGAUAUUCGAUCAAAAAUCUCCAAUCUACCAAAAUCUCGCGCUAUAUCCAUCGGCGGCAUGGAUGGGCACAGCUGAUUGGCUGCAGGCCGCAGUGCGCGUGUACCGAGCGUACGGACCCGAAUGGUACAAAUCGUGGUAACGUCAAAAUGACGGUAAAAUGAGCCGUAAUUGUUCGAAAAUUUCAUGUUUAUUUUGAAGUCAUUCGACGUUUUUUAUGUCAUCGUGACUUUUUCCUUCGUUACACUGGAAAGCCGCAUAAAGCUCCAUGGGAAAGCGAGGGGCGGGAUUCGAGCGGCAAGCGAAUCGUCCAAUCGCGAUCGGGAACGCCGGGCGAUGAUUGGUCGGUUCGCCCGUUGGAUCCUGCGUGGAUCGCUGUCGCCGCCGUCGGCUCGACUGUCAUGGCGUCGUCGCGACCGUCGAUGUGAUUUCGUGCUUGUGCUCGUGCUUGCUCGUGCUACAACCGACAGCGACGAGACGACGGGGACGCUCGCCGUCGUGGUGUCUCGCUCAGAGCUUUCCGGACGUGCCGCGAUGCCGUACGCCCGAUUGUCGCCGAGGAUCAUCGCGCGAUUGUGAAUCGGAGCGAGCGGAUUCAGGAAGACAAAAUGUCGUACGGGACGAGAAAGCGAAAAGAAAACGAGGAGCGAAAAGUAAACGAUGGAGAGCAAGAUAAUUUUUUCACCGACGAGAUGAGAGAGGAGAUAGAAGCGAUGUGGGAGAUACCACAAAUUUUCCAUUUCCUUUAUUUAACGAAGGAAUCUCUCAAUGUACCUCAAUUAUCUUUAUACGAAAUGGAGAGAAUGUUGCUGAUACCAAGGGCCUCGAAACAACUAGCAAACAUUAUGACGUGUUUGCUAAGUUCUCCGACCACAAAAGCAAAGCUACGCAAGAUACCACCAAUGCCGUAUGAAUUUUGGACCAAUAUUCUCGCGUACAAAAUGACGAGCUGGUUCAAAAUUUAUCGCGCGAAGCACGAAGAUGCAACCAAAGUUCUAGAAACCAUCGGCGUUGAACCAGAAUUUUGGAAUAUCUUUCCCGAGACUUCAAUGCUCGACGGCAAAGACUUUGAGGAUCUUAGCUUCAAACAAAGGGUUUGGCUGCUGAAAACCGUCUGUGAUACAAUCAUGCAUACUAGAAAAACGGUUCAGGAAGACAUAGUGAACCAACCAUGGGAGGAUCAAUUUGAAACGGUUUUAGGAAUGGAUCGCAACGGGGCGAAAUACAUUUACUUUCCUCAAUUUAUGCCGAAUGAUCUCAGAAUUUACAGGCAUUCCCUGGACAAUAAAAUCUUGUCGACUUCCAAGCCUGUCAGACAAGAGCGAGAAAUGGAAAGGAACAAAUUCAUUAGAUAUAGAAAGAGAAAAUUGCAAAUACGCAAUAACUUAUCCGAUCGCAGAUCGAACAGGCAUGAGAAUGGGACCGACGAUAAAGAUCUUAGUAAUAAUGAUAGCGCUGGGGGUUCGUUUAUCAGUGAAGAUACGAAUUUGAGUAGUACCAGUACGUGCAGUAACAAUAAUAACAACAACAUAAGUCUAGAUGCCAUAAGCAGGAAGCGUCGUAGGAGUUUGUCGAAAAUGUCUGAGGAAAGUUUAUUGUCAAAUGCGAGAUCCAGCGGUUACGAAACCCAUACCUCCAGCGAUAAUAAAUCAUUAGACGACGAAUCGUCGCGGAUGUUUAAAGGUUUCACCAAUACUCAAAACGAUAAUUGCAAUAUAGAGAUAAUUAAUGAAAUGUUGGACGAUUUAAAAACAGAAAUCGAUAAAGAUAAGAGAAUGGACGAAUAUGAAAGCACUAGCGGUAACGAAUUAGCGUCACAAGAAAAAUUCGUAGAAUUGUACAAAAAUACUUCAAUGUCCCGUAAUGAAACUGCAAUAGUUUUCGAAAAAGAUGAUAGAUCUAACGACAAUUUAUCCAACAGUUCCAAAACGGACGAUGAGAAACUAAAUGAAAUAAUUAAUGCCGAGAGUUCCAAGUUACCUGAAGAUGUAUAUUCCAAAAGUAUUACCGUCAGUGACAAUGUAAGUGAUAUUUCAGUGUUGACGUCCAAAUCGGAUGAUGAGAAACUGAGUGAGACGAAAACCAGUGAUAGUAAUAUUAAUGCGAGUGAAAACAGUUUAAAUAGAAAAACAAUUUUUAACAAGUUAUUUUAUACAUCUACUUCUAUCAAUAGUAAACUUUCAUUAAGUGAAGAAGUGACUAGACAGUGUCUUAGUGAAAUGCCAUCAAUGACAGAAGCAGAAACGAAUAAUCCAACUCAAGAAAAAAACUUAAGAGAAGGAAUGAAGCUGCGGUCCCGAAACAUAGUAAAACAGUAUGACCAACAAAAUAAAAUUAAUGCAAUAAAAGAAAAGACAAAAAAGGAACAGGGAUUAAAAAAUGAUGAAAUAAACGAGACAGACGAGGAAGAUUUCUCCACGAGCGAAACGCGAUUACAUACAAGUAUGGAAUACGAUUUGGACGAGUAUACAAACAAUACUGAACUUGGUUACAAUUUGCGAAGUUCCAAGGAUCCAAAGACAGAUGAAAGUAAACAACAUUUCCACAAGAUGUUGUCCGAUCUCAGUGUUUCCGAUUUUUAUCUUGUAGUCGACAGCGUGGAAAGCUUAAGGGAUCUCAUUGCCAGUUUUUCGAAUGCGAGUGAUUCGGAAAGCAAUAAUUCCAAUAACGUGGAAGUUAUUCCUUUAUGCGAAGUAAAAUUAGUAAAGAAGUUAACAGAAUUAUUAAAUUCUGUGGAACCAAUGGAGGUAACUAUAAAAGAUGCAAUGCGAAAAGCAAAGGCAAAACUUCAAAGAGAAUGGUCUAAUUUUAAAGAAGGCAGUGUGGAGGAUCAGGACUCAUCCAGUGAGAGUGGUCUCAGCUCUAAUUGGUGGGUUCUUGGAUCACAGGGCAAGGAUCCACUCUCAAUUCCCGGAGACGCAACGUUACAAACGCUAUCGCAAUUUGCCCUAUCCCCACCUGGUACCCAAAAUAGUAAAAAAGAAUCGCGACAAGUCGAGAACGAAUGCGAUAUCGCAGUCAAAAAUUCCGAACAAAGUCGACACGAAACCCAGGAGGCGAGCGACAAACAACAAAACGGAAGCGAUGAAAAGCAGCCGGACGUCGAGGCACCAUCGGGAAGUAACCAAGUCGCGGAAGAAGGAGAGAAACGGGAAGACAAGCAAUACGAGAACAACGAAAAUACAUCAAACGACGACGAAGAUUCAAACCAGGAAACGCAACGCAACAAACGAGUACUACGAGCGCGCGGCGUCUCUUCGUACACAGAACAACUUUAUUCAGAUGACGAAAGCGACAAGGACGAGCUGGAGGAAUGGACCGACGUUGAGGCAGUGUACGCGGCUCCCGGCACACAGGCCAAUACAUCCGCUUCUAACGUUAAUCCGAAGGAACGAAACAAUGACAACUGGUCGGAUGAGGAGGACUCAGAUCAAGAUUGGAUUCUACCAAGCUCUCGCAAAAGGAAAAAUAAACGUUCGUCUUCCAAUCGAAGAUUAAAAUCAUUUGAGUAUAAACUGCAGAACAUUAAAGAAAAUACGUCUCAAAGCAGUGUAGCAUCUGAUGUUUCUCAUCCUGCCAAUGCAAAAAUUAUCAAAGAUAAGCUAAAGGUUAAACUCGCAGAUAAUAAGACUAAAGAGCCUGAAAAAGCAGUUGAAUCAGGAAUUUCUGCUAGCAAUACUGUAUCUGCAGCGAACAACAAAAAGAGAGCAGUGCCUUCCACGGACGCAAUUUGCAAAAUUGAAUCUAUUAAUAGUGUGCACUCGGAGCUAGACAUAAAGGAUGAAAAUCCGAUUUAUGAGUCCAAUUCGACGACCUACUAUGGACAGAACAACUACGGAUCUGCAAAUACACAACAAAAUUAUUAUUAUACGAUGCCGCAGAAUCCUGGAGUCAUGCCUCAAGGGGCGAUUAUGCAAGGAGCUGGGCCGCCAGCUCCACAUGUGGCUUACUAUGUACGGCCUUACAUGAUGCAGCCUCCACAAGACAAGUUUCUGCCCACUGCUCAGCAACAACAGCAACCCGUUUAUCAACAGCGCCCUCAGAUGAUGAUGACACAACCGUACAUCAACAAUGCGAAUUACGUGUCCUAUAUACCGGCGCAGCCUCAACCAGGAUACGUAAUUGCUCCUGGACCAAUGGCAAACCAGCCAAAUCCACAAAAUCCGAUUCAUUAUUCUCCCAGACCACAGAAUAGACAGAAUAACAGAUAUACAGCGCCGCGACAAAACUCUCAACAUCCUAAUGGCGCAGUAAUAAGAAACACUAGUGCACCUACGAGGGGCAGUUAUCAGAGGUCCGUCAACUCGAGGAACGUAAGAGGCAAUGUUCCUCUGCCAAAGCAAAGGCGGAAAACACCACAACAGGUGUCCAGCACAGAGAACAGCGGCCAAAAAGUCACAUCUGUAAUCAUGCUCAGUGACAGCGAUGACGAAAUAGAGAUGAUUAUUAUGGAAAAAAAUCCUACAGAAAAAACUACGCUGUCUAACAGGGAGUCAUUGGAACUUCAGAAAACUCUUAAUCAGUCUAAACAAAAACCUACGAUUACUUCGGACAUUAUUGUUCCCUCCACAAAGGGCAUUCUCUCGCCGCAAAUUAUUCAGCGGAUGAGCCAGGGUGGUAUAUCCAUCACACCGGUGAAGAACAAUCCGCCGCCGCCGACGAAUUCCAGUACGCAGCUGGUGGUGGUCGUGAACGAGACUGGAAGUCACUAUGCCUUGGCACUACCCAACGGUAGCAAACUCAUACUCACCCCGGAGCAGGUGGCGCAAAUCAGGGCCUCAAAUGGAGGGAAACUGAUUUUGUAGAGCAAUCUAAUACGACGAUUAUUUCGGAUUGCACAAAUCGCACAUCUUUAUUUCGUUUCUUAAUUUUUCGCAAUUAACAACAUGUAAAUGUGAUAUGCAACAAGUUUUAUUUUUACACUCUGCCUUAGUCAUUAGUUAGAUUGUAAAAACAGAGGAAUUUAUCAACAUUCGCCAUACGCAAAUGUUUAAAAAGAAUUAAUUUAAAAAUUCUUAGAAUACAUAUCCCCCGUUACAGGAUAUAUAUAGAAUACUUUUGAAAAAAUAUUGUUUCUUAUUUUUAAUUAGUUUUAUUUUACAAUGUAUAGUUUAUGUGUAUUGAUCUUAAGUAUAGUCAUGAAUACAACAAUAAGAAUAAUGGGUCUAUGUGGAGAGUAACAGAGUUUUUAUUAAAACUUUAUCGUACCUUUUUCGUAUUAUUGAAAUAUAUAUCAUAUAUAUAUAUAUAUAUAUAUUAAAAUCUUCAUGAAACCAUAAAGCCAUGUUUGUAAUUAAAAAUGUCGAAGCGAAACAUUGUUAUAACAUUUGUAACAAAUGCGCAAAUACUUUUUAAUUCUCUUUGUAAUAAAGAGUAUUGCAAACGAUGAAUGCUUUAAUGCAAAUAUCGGAUAUACAUCUAAAAUAAAAUUUGAAUUUCACACAAA